GAGAGAGAGAACGCCUUGUAUGUGUGUGUGUAGGGCUGUGUGUUUCUCUAAGAGGAGCUGGAGUGGAGCUGUUCAUCAGUAGCACUGACUGCAGACAGGGGAAUACUCACAUCUCACCGCGCUGCUUUUUAACUGACACACCGGCUGCUUGUUGGACUUUUCUAACUCGCAGGACUUUUCACACCAACGUGGACCUCUGCCACUGCUCUCUUUCUGUCCUGCAGGCACCACUCCCCAUCACUGGGAUUACUUAAUUUUUUUCCUGCAGUUUUACAGGAAUUUCUAUCUGCUUUAAACUUGGUUUUCUUUAUCCAUCCAAUCUAUGGACUAUCAAAAAAUCCAGAAUCAGGUGUUUUCACCUUAUUGCAGAUGAAGGUUUCUGUGUAUUUGCAUUGAACUGAAAAAUGCUCAAGCCUGAGAAUGGCUGUGUUGCAAGUAAAGCACAUAGCAAGAGCUCAGUGACUGUGUUCUCCUGACUGUGAAUUUACAAUCCAGAGGGCUACAUCCUCUCUUAAUGAAAGGACUGUGAGAGGUUAAACAGCAAAAAGCAGCACUGUAAUUAUGGAAGCAGUCAGUGCUGUCAGCAGCAUGUUGGGCUCAGGUGGAUGGUGAUCCCGUUCUGAACUCUUUGGAAUUUGGUUUCCUUGGAAACGGACAGGUCCCUUUGCCUAUGUGUGACGUUUCUGUCCCGUUUUGGAUGUGAGAGGUGAACUUGGUCAUCCUUCAUGGGAAGAGAAGUGGAUCUGCCAAGAGAAGUCUAAAAAAAGAUUACACCGAAUAUUAGAGCUGUAAAGGACGAAUGAAAGAGGCUGAAGCUCUGCUAAAACAAACAACAAGAGGGAGAUUCCGGUUUGUGCUUGGUUGAGCUGACCCUGACUCCUCGCCAAAAAAGGACCAAGCCCAAACCAAACCUGUCCAAGGGCAGAGAGACUGCAUCUAAUAUACACAGAAAAUCUGAAUCAGAACCAAAGCUGUAACAAAACUCAGAAAAUAAGACAAAUAUCAGGCAUUAAAAGGCCAAAGUAUAGUCACGAUAAAAUCACUUCACAGACUCAAAUUUUCAAGUUAGACCAUUAGAAGGAAGGGGUUUGUGUGCCAAGAUGAUGAUGAUGAUGGUGGCCAUGAUAGUCACCUGCAGCUCUCUGUUUCUGCUGGGCCUGGCUGCCGCCCAUGCUUCCUCCGGCACCAUGAUCCACACUUCCUCUUCAUCCCCCUCCUCCUCACCACGCAUGAAACUCUCAUACAAAGAUCUGCAGCAGUUCCACGGAGUGCGACGAUUCGAGCUGGAGCGUUCCUGCUGCUUCAGUGCUCUGCUGUUAGAUGAAGAAAGAGGCCGCCUCUUUGUCGGGGCCAAGAACUUUAUCCUGUCACUUUCAUUGGACAACAUUGCCAAGCAGGAACACAAGAUUUACUGGCCCGCCCCCGUUGACUGGAGGGAGGAAUGUAACUGGGCUGGCAAGGACAUCACUUCUGAUUGUGUGAACUAUGUGAAAAUCGUGCAUCACUAUAACCGCACCCACCUAUAUGCCUGUGGAACCGGGGCCUUCCAUCCCACAUGCGCCUUCGUAGAGGUGGGGCACAGAAUGGAGGACCAUGUGUUCAAGAUUGACCCCUCUAUGGUGGAAGACGGGAAAGGGAAGAGUCCCUAUGAUCCUCGGCACAAUGCUGCCUCUGUGCUCGUUGGUGAUGAGCUAUAUGCAGGUGUGGCCACAGACUUAAUGGGACGGGACUUCACCAUCUUCAGAAGCCUGGGGAAACGGCCUUCCAUCCGCACCGAACAGCAUGACUCACGCUGGCUCAGUGAACCAAAGUUUGUCGGGUCCUUUUGGGUCCCAGAGAGCGAAAACCCUGAUGAUGAUAAGAUAUUUUUCUUCUUCCGUGAGACGGCGGUUGAGGCCCAGGGGCUGGGAAAGUCCACCUACUCCCGCAUUGGACAACUCUGCAGGAAUGACAUGGGCGGUCAGCGGAGUCUGGUGAACAAGUGGACGACAUUCCUCAAAACCCGUCUGAUCUGCUCGGUACCGGGAGCCGACGGUAGCGACACAUACUUUGACGAGCUGCGCGAUGUGUUCCUGCUGCAAACAAGGGACAGAAAGAACCCUCUGGUCUACACUGUCUUCUCUACUUCCAGCAGUGUAUUUAAAGGCUCAGCUGUGUGUCUCUACUCCAUGAAUGACAUCCGGAGGGCCUUCCUGGGCCCCUUCGCUCACAAAGAGGGGCCUAACUACCAGUGGGUCCCCUUCCAGGGAAAAGUGCCCUAUCCCCGCCCAGGAAUGUGUCCCAGCAAGACAUUUGGCAGCUUUGAGUCCACUAAGGGUUUCCCAGAUGAUGUGAUCCAGUUUGCACGUCACCACCCUCUGAUGUAUAAUCCGGUCUAUCCUAUGAACCGGCGGCCCAUCUUUGUCAGAACCAACAUGGACUACAGCUUCACACAGAUCUCUGUGGACAGAGUCAAUGCUGCUGAUGGACAGUACGAUGUCAUGUUUAUUGGGACAGACAAAGGGACAGUACUAAAGGUGAUUAGUGUCCCCAAGGAGAGUUGGAACAACAUGGAGGAACUUCUACUGGAAGAGCUAGAGGUCUUCAAAGAUGCCUCAUCUAUCAUCAACAUGCAGAUCUCCUCAAAGCGACAACAGCUAUAUGUGGGCUCCAACACAGGCAUUGCCCAGGUUCCCCUUCACCGCUGCAGUGUGUAUGGGAAGGCCUGUGCUGAGUGCUGUCUGGCCAGAGACCCAUACUGUGCCUGGGAUGGAACAUCCUGUACUCGCUACCUGCCAAACACCAAGAGACGUUUCCGUCGCCAAGAUGUGAGGAACGGAGACCCCAAUACUCUCUGCUCUGGAGACCAUCAUAAGCACCGUGUGGCAGAGAGAAAGCUGUAUGGAGUUGAAGGUAGCAGCACUUUCUUGGAGUGCAUCCCUAAAUCUCUCCAAGCCAGAGUCUCCUGGACCUUCCAGAAACAUCCACAGAACCCACAAGAAGAGUUGCGCUUAGAUGACCGCAUCCUCCAGACAGACAGAGGUCUCCUGAUUCGUCGUGUCCUGAAGAGAGAUAUUGGCACCUAUCAAUGCCAUGCUAUGGAACAUGGCUUCACCCAAACCCUACUAGGCAUCACCUUGGAGGUUGUGUCCUCAACAUCCUCCUCAGUCUCCAAUCUACCCUCCGACGCCCCUUUCCGUUUAGACCCCCGCAGUGGAGGGGGGACCCCAAUGACCAAUCAAAAGUUUUGGUACAGGGACUUCAUGCAGCUGGUGGACCACCCUAACCUGAGUGCCGUCGAUCAAAUCUGUGAGCAAGUUUGGGCACGCAAGAAUGCUGGCAGUGAACAGGUGGAUAAGAUCUUUUCUGCUCCAGGAAAGGGUGUCCCACCUCUGGGCCCUGCUGUUCGCCCAGCUAACAAGAAGUGGAAACAUCUUCAGGAGAUAAGAAAAGGGAGAAAUCGCCGGACCCAUGACGGCAAACUGAACCCUCGGGCACCACGUAGCGCAGGAGAGUAACAACGUAGAGAAAGAUGUUGGGAGAAAAGAUACAAGGAGAAAGGCGGAGAGUGAUCGAAAGAGACUGAGACACCAAGAACUCCUGUUCACGCAUACAGAUACACCCAGGCACAGAAACACACACACACACACACACACACAAAAAACACAC